AUGCAUCGUUUAACAUGUAUUCAUAUUGGUUGUUUGUGGAUCGUUUUUUUACACUACUGCCAUUCCUACUAUUACUUUCAUUUAUAUAGAUUUUUUAAAUAUUAUAAAGUGGUUGAAAAAACGUUAUUGUGGUUGUCAUCAAAUUUCUUACUAACGCCAAAAAACAGAGAGUUGUCUUUGAGGAAAGGUGACACGGUGUAUCUCUUAAGAAGAGUUGAUAAGAACUGGUAUGAAGGUGAACAUCACAGCACGAUUGGAAUCUUUCCUGUUUCUUACGUUGAAGUUUGUCAUGUUGUUAUGUACGCAUUCAAAUGUAUCUCAAUAAAUCUUUUCUGUUGGAAUAUGUGA